UCGUAAAAAAAAAAAAAAAAAAAGGAAAAAGAGAAGAAGGAACGACUUGUUCCUCCUGGACCCACCGCGUUCCUGCCAUGUGUGCCGUCAGCACUGGACCCUGGACCCUCCGAGCAAAGGAAACACUCACCUGAGCCGACUCCCUCCUUCUGGUGUCCUUCCCCACUCACCUGUUGUUGCUCCAAACCCUGGCUGCCACCGCUGUGAGCCAGUUCGGAGCAUUCCCAGCGGACUUUGUGAGACGGUGUUUAUAAAGCAGCAGCCAGGCAACACACCUCACUUUAAUAAAGCAAAUAACAGAGGUGACAGAACACCGACUGCCAGACUGAGAGGAGGAACACGACAUGAGAAUACUUUUACUUCUAAUUGCCACUGCAGCAGCAUCACAGUUCCAGGAUGACUGCUCGAGGGGGGCAUGUUACCCACCCAGCGAUGACCUGCUCCUGGGCCGAGCUCACCAGCUCCAAGCAUCCUCCACCUGUGGUCUCACCGGCUCCGAGGUCUUCUGCACACCCUAUCAUCAGAGGACUAUGAAGUGCUGCCCAUGUGACUCCAGGAACCCAAACAGCCAGCUGGCCCACACUGUCCAGGAAGUCCUGUCCACUUCUAGACCAGAUAGAUGGUGGCAGUCCAGGAAAGGCGAAAAUCCGGUCACUCUUCAGCUGGACCUCAAUAACCUGUUCCAGCUUGACAACCUGAUGCUCAUGUUCAAGGGUCCUCGUCCCAGUGCUUUGGUCAUUGAGAGGACUCUGGAUGACGGCAGAACGUGGCAGCCAGCUCUCUACAUGGCUACAGAUUGUGAACAGGCAUUUCCUGGUGUCCCCACAAGAACUCCUCUUGCUCUGGACCAGACUUACUGCUACACACUGCCCCCUACUGGAACAAAUCCCUACCAAGACCACACAAUUGAGUUCAGUCCUUUACGUCAAUAUGCUUAUGUCCAAGCUCCCAACAGCCAGAAAAUUGAAGAUGUGUCUGGGCUAACGGGGCUGAGGGUGAGGCUGACAGAGCUGGGCGAUGUACCACGUCUACCCGGCAGAGCUCUCAGCAGGUUUUACGCCCUGAAGGAGAUGAGGGUGAUAGGAAGCUGUAUGUGCCAUGGACACGCCAACCGAUGCCUGCCAGAAGAAUACAACAACCCACUGUCUACUACAGUACAGGUGAACCCUCAGUGUGACUGCCAACACAAUACAGCUGGUGUGAACUGUGAGCGCUGCGCUGAUCUCUACAAUGAUCUGCCUUGGAGACCCGCGGAGGAGGGCAACCCCCACACCUGCAAACGAUGUGAGUGUAACAACCAUGCCCAGCGCUGUCGCUUUGACCAGGCGGUGUACGAAGCCAGUGGGUGGAGGAGUGGAGGUGUGUGUGAAGGUUGUCUGCACCACACCACAGGGCCGAAGUGUGACCAGUGUGCCCCAGGCUACCAGCCAAACCCUCGCAGCCAAAUGGACCGUCCCGAUGCCUGUAUACGCUGUAUCUGCAGUGCUGAGGGAACAGUGAAUGGAGGCCGUUGUGAUGACAGUACAGGCUCCUGUCAGUGCAAAGUGAAUGUAGAGGGCCCUCGCUGUGACCGCUGUAAGAGAGGAUACUACGGUCUGAGCAGCUCCAACUCUCUGGGCUGCACCAAGUGUUCCUGUUCUCCAGAUGGCUCAGUGUCAGAUGUGUGUGACCCAGUGACCGGUCAGUGUCCCUGUCGUCCCCACUUCCACGGCCUGAGCUGUGACAUGUGUGCAAAAGGCUACUGGAAGCCAUCCCUGUCAGAACGCUGUGAACCCUGUGGCUGUGACCCCACCAGGUCAAAGAGUGACACCUGUGACCAGCUGACAGGUCAGUGUCAGUGCAGACCAGGCUUCGGAGGUCGAACAUGUACCGAGUGUCCAGACAACGCUUACGGAGACCCUCUCAUCGGCUGCCAGCCAUGUCAGUGUGAUGCUGAAGGAACCCUUCCAGACUUCUGUGACAAGCAGACGGGUGUCUGUCUGUGUCGACCGGGCGUCACUGGGACUCGCUGUGACUCCUGCAGUCAGAACCACUGUGACUCGUUCCCAGCCUGUGAGCUGUGUCCCUCCUGCUUCUUCACUCUCGAUAUUCAGCGUCAGAAUCUCAGCUUAGCUCUGGAGAGACUUUCUCCCAGAUUCCCCACUCGUCCUGGAGCUGGUGGUGAUCUUGGAACCUUGGGGCCCCGCAUUUUGGUCCUAGAGGCCGGCCUGAAGCAGAUCCAGGACUCCAUCUCUCUUCCACCCAAAACUGCAGGACAGAUCAACGAUGCGCUAUCCCUGCUGGACAAGCUCCGGGACCAGAUGAACCAGGUUGAUAAUGGCCUCUCACCCCUGACAAGAACUCCUGGUCUUGACUCAGAGCUGGACAGAUUGCAGGGUCUGCUGGACAGCCUCAUUCUGAAGUACAAAGCUAAGAAGGAUGGUCUAGAGAACUCCAUCACGUCCAACAACGCAGGAGCAUUUACAGCAAUCAAGGAUGCAUACAAUAAGUCAGCUGAUGCUGCUGACAAAGUGAACAGCAGCAGAGACACAGUAAAGGAGUCCGCUAACACCAGAGAAGAGACUACGGACAUUCAGAACCAAGUACAGCCAGAAAACAUCAGAGAUCUGGACAAACUAAAUCACAGCAUGGCCUCCCAGCCUGACCUUACCCCUGUUGCCAAACAGGUGUGUGGUAGUGUUCGCUCAAAGCCCUGCACUCCUCUCCAGUGUGAGGGUGGAGACUUGUGUCCGCCAAAGGGAAGCCCACCUUGUGAGAAAGGGGGAAAGUGUAUAGGAGCUCUGCCUCUGAGCGAGAGGGCAAACACUGAUGCUAAGGAUGUGAAGGACCGACUAGACAAGCUCAGUGGGAAGAUCACUGAGGCUGCAGAGAAGCUCCAGAAGACACAGGACACAACCAAUCAGCUGAGACAAUCCACAGAGAAGCUGUCCAGUAAGAUGAAGCAGGCCAGAGAUGAGCUACAAGAUGACUUACAAGAGGCACGCGACGUUGUGAAAGCACUAAAAGACUUCCUAUCAGACCCAUCUUCCAACCUGACGCACAUCCAGGAGGUGAGUGAUUGGGUCCUGCAAGCCAAACUUCCCCUAAGCGAAGCUGCUUUGAAGAGGAAGCUGGAGGAGCUGAAGGAUCUGGCGGCCAACCUACCAAACAGCACAGCCGUGCUGAAGGAUGCUGAGCCACAGCUAGACGUUGCCAGGACACUGCUGGAGGAGGCCCAGGAUGCCAGGGACAAGGCAGUGGGAGUGAAGGCUGAUGUAGAUGGACUGAUGGCAGGCUUAGGCUCAUCAGAUAGCCUCCUCUCUGACCUGGAGGAAAAACUGCAGAACAGCAUGGAUCUCAUCGACAACCUGGAUAACAACCUGACUGAGGCCAAAGACCAACUGAACCCAGCAGAGAAGGCUUUGGAUGAUAUGUCAACACUCAUAAAGCCCAUGAAACCUUAUUUGGAUGACCUGAAAGAUGUGCUGCAGAAUGCAGACCAACAGGCCCAGGAUGCACAGGAAACUGCAGACAAAGCUGAGGAUGAAGCAGAUGCUGCAAAGGAGGACCUGUUGGCUUUGGAGAAGCAGCUGGAUCGCCUUGAAGCUGAAGGUACCACUGGGACAGGUGUAGAGCCGGGGCCGUUGGGGGUUCGACUGACAAAGCUGCAACAGGAUGCUGGAGCUCUGGCUAACACCACUGACAACAUGAUGAAGGCCCUAGAAGGAAAAGCAGAUUCCCUCAGAGGGCUGCAGGAUGAAAUCCUACAGAAGUCAACGAAGCUUGAAGGACUUGAUGCCAAACUUAAAGACCUUUUGGCAAAACUUCGAAAGAAAGCCCAUGAUCUCAGCACCUGCCAGGGCUGAGAGUCAUCAUGUGCAGAUGUCCCUACAACACCUCAUAGACUGUCACUGUCAAUUUUCCUCCUCGGACAUUUCUCUUAAGUAUGAGCCAGAUUAUAUUAGUGAUUCAGACCUGAUGUAUUCCACCUGAAGUAGAUACAGUCUGUCUUUACAUGGGGAACAAACAGAUAUUUGCAGCAUAUUUUUGGCUUUCUAUUGGCACAGAACUUCACUACAUCAUCUACUGUAAUCUAAAAUAUUCUGUCUUAAAGUGUUUUUAGCCUGUAAUUUCAUAGUUGUAACAGUAUAAUAACACUGGCAGCUGUACUAUUAAUGCUGAAUUUUUUUGAGUCCUUUAACACUUCAUGUUUUUGUUUGCUGGUGUUCAUAACAAACACCCCCUAGGGAAGAAACUGAGCACAAAAGGAGUGAAACGUGAAUAUGAUCAUUUUGGGGAUCAAAUCUCACAAACGCACACUUCCCCAUGAACAGCUGGAAAUCAUCAAACAAACAAUUUAUGAGCAGUUUUUUUCAGUCAAGACCGUUCAGCUUGUUUGAAUAACCUCACAGGAAAAGUUUCAAAAAGUUCACAGUAAGAAUGUGAAAAUGGGCAAGUGAUGUAUUUUCAGUUUCCUUUCCAAAUCAGACUGUAUCAGUAGUAUACUGUAUACAUGUUCAUGCCAUUAUAAGUAGUUUGACAUUUAAAACAUUUGCAUUUUAUCUUGAAAAAUGCCUCAGCUUCUGACUUUUUGACAGCUAUGCAAACUCUUCUGUGUCAGCAGCUAUACAUUCCUCGAUGAACGGUGCACUAUAAUUUUUAGUGUAGUUUUCAGACUUGGAGUAAAGGUGAAUGUUACAUUAUUUAUUUUCUGUUUUGCAUCUGCUGUUUGUGCAGUAUUUAAAUAAAUGCCUGGUAAUACUUUGA